AUGGGAAGAAAAAUCUUGUUCAGUUUUUCACUUAUUUUUUUAUGUAUGGGAUUAUCACUAACUUUAGACCAGAUACUUGCUAGGAAGAAUGUAAGGCAGUGAGCUAGGUGCUGGGUCUACAAUGGUAGCAAAUCAGAUAGAGUCCCUGCCCUCAUGGAGCUUUUCAGCUCUCAAACAUCUUCAGAUAAAGAAGUGGUUGUCAACAGUGAUCAACAGAAUAAUGGAGAUAUGAAACCAAUUCAGAAUUUCACAGCAAUACCAAUGACACAGGCUCUCAACUACAAUCUGAGCAGACAAGGACAUUUAGAGAAAGAACAUUGGAAUGCAUUCAGCCAUCAUAGCCCAGUGAACAUCUCCAUGGAUGGAGUUCCCUGCAUUCUCUUCUGGGCCAAAAGAAUAACAAUUAAAUUUAAGAAUCAGACUCGGCUGGACCUUACGGAUGAAGCUUUUGGCCAGAAGGCAACAGUGGAUGCUGGCAACUCAAAUUGCAGAGAAGAAAGUGCCACGUUGUCUCUGAAGUUUGAUGAUGCUCAAAAUCCCAAAGGUCUUGAUGUAAGAUUCACCCUUAUCAAUUACAACAAGUUGUCCAUCCAGGGCUGGUUUAGUUUGCACCGAGUCGAGAUUAUUUUCAAUAAUUCCAUCCAAGCAACCUUCAAUGCAACUGGCAUAUAUGCUCCGUCACGUUAUUCCUACCACUGCCAGCGCGUCAGCAGCCUGCAGCGGUACGAUGCCCUCUUGGUGCCCAGCAACACGGAUGAUACGUCAAGCCUGUGGGAGGUCACUUUUGUUGAUUUCCAGAUCCAAGGCUUUACCAUCAAGGGGGGACAGUUUGCCAAGGCCCGAGACUGCGCCUCUGCCUUCUCCCCAGCCAUUCUGAUGGGCCUGGCGAUGUCGCUGAUCCUGCUGCUGGUGCUGGCCUACGCCCUGCACACGCUCGUCUACCUGCGGUAUCUGGAGCGGCACUACGACGUCAUCGCGUCUCCGGCCCACCUCUCCCGGCUGCGAGCCCGAGACGCAGCAGAAGAGAAGGAGCUGCUGCGGAGCCAGGCAGUCGAGCGCUACGAACUGAGGAGCCAGCAGAUCGGCAAAAUUUACGUCUAA